UACCAAACAGGUUUGCUUAUAAUCCCGUGUGUACCAUGUCAUUGGCUUACAUCACCUUCAGAAAUGUCAACAAAUGAUAGCUGGAAAGUACUGAGAGCGAUUGGCGUGGGCUAAAUUUAGCUGCUGAUGGUGCCCAACUGAAGCACGAAAAAAAAAGUGCAAAGAGGCUUUGAAUGAAAAGGAUGGCGUUUAAAAGAAGCACUAGGUAGUGAUCAUUCAUGCAUGAGCAAGGCUACAAAGAUGAUUGGUCCGAACGAAUGAAUAAAAAGAUUAAAAGAACAAAUUCAUAAAAAGAUUAAAAGAACAAAUUCAUAAAAAGAUUAAAAGAACAAAUUCAUGCCUUCCGCCUUUGAUACUAUAUAUAAUAUUAUAAAAAAUAUUGAUAGGUGUAGUUGUAGGUUGGGUUGAUGGUUUAAGGCAGUCACACUGUGUGGGUAUCGAGAGUCGUUAAGAGUAUUCUUUUAGGUGAUCGGAGAAGUCUAAGCAGAGUGUUUGUAAUAAAGGGUCUUUUGUCUUAUUUGAUUGAGAGGAGAGAUUUUUAUAGAGUUUGGAGUCUGAUGUAAGCCCCAUUGAGUAAAGACCUUACCAUCUAAGCUUCAGGAGUAGGGUAGCGGUCAGUUAGGUUGACUUCAGUUGACCAAUUGGGAUAGAGCUUUGUUCGAAGGAGUUGGUGCUGAGAAGGAAUGAGAGGACGAGUGUUGGUCAUCCAAGGGUUUCCUUGAGAGGUGAGUCUCCCUCUAUUAAGUCACUUAAUUGAAGUGGGCACACAAAUGGAGGUUGCUUAACAAUCGUCUCCCAUCAGAGGACGAGGUCAUAAAGUGGCUUACUCUGAUGGAAAGGUCAAUGUGAGUUUUGGCGAGGAAAGUAGCAAAGUGACAUUUGGUUUUUCUUUAUUUGACUCGUUUUCUUGUUUCUUGUCGUCAUGAUAUUAUUGUCUAACACGUCAUCGCUUGAUUAGUAGCGUUUAUAUUAUAUUUGUCUUGUGAUGAACUCAUGCGUCUAUUUCAUCGGUUCAUGGGUUACUCUCCGGCUCAAAUAGCUAUAAGUAGUGGUUUUAAACUGUACGAUUUUCUUAUUCCUGUUUUCUUCUACUUUUGCUGUCAAUCAUCCGCUUCUAGAUUGUUACCUUUAUUAAUUUCUACCAUGUUGAACAGAGUGCACUGAGAAAAAGAAAAAGAUGAGGUAGUUUUUUUUUCUUUCUCAUAAGCAACACUGAUUGUUAAUGCAGGGUUUGGGGGUUGGGUGUUUAAGGCGGUUCACACUCUGUGGGUGCUGACAGUCGUUUAAGAGUAUUUCUUAGGUGCUUGACAAAGUACAAACAAAGCUUGUGUAGUAGAGAGUCUUGUAUCUUCUUUGAUGGAGAGGAAAUGCUUUUAUAAAGAGAGUUUGGAGCCUGUUGUGGGCUCUAUUGAGUAAACAUCCUAUCGCAUAAGAUUCAGGAUUAGGCAGAUUAAAUCAAUUUGUAUUUUCAUAGAUUGUUUGGGCUUUUGAAGCGAUAAUAUACUGUAUAUAGCUUACAGGGUGCUUGCAUAUGCAAUCAUUUGUAUCUAUUUUUGGCAGUUCUAUUCACCUUAAUCCUAAAACCUAAUAUAUAUUAUGGAGACUAGUACAACACUCUCGGCCCAGUCCCACAGCUAGUCUUUGCCUUUGGAAGAAAACCAAUGGCUCUCAAGACCAUAACUAUCCUUAAUCGUUUAUCCAUUCAGCCAAUACCUCUCGGACCCCCUCAAAACACCCAAGCUAUAGUCGAUCAAAUUAAACAAUGUUCCAAGUUGUACCAACUAGAAAUGAUAUAUGCCACUAUGGUUAAAACAAAUGCGAACCAAGACUGUUUCUUGUCCAACCAGUUCGUCACUGCAUGCUCCUCUUUUCGCCGCAUGGAUUACGCGAUUUUAGCCUUUACCGAAGUGGAAAAACCCAAUGUUUUUGUCUAUAAUGCAUUAAUCAAAGCUCUUGUUCAUUGUCAUCAUCCCUUCACAGCUUUAGAUUAUUACAAACAUAUGCUCAGAGCUCGAGUUUGGCCCACAAGUUUCACGUUUUCUUCCUUAGUUAAGGCUUGUUGUUUGGUUUCUGAAUUUGGUUUUGGAGAAAGUGUUCAUGGCCAUGUUUGGAAACAUGGGUUUAAGUCACAUGUCUUUGUUCAAACUGCUUUGAUCGAUUUUUAUGCGAAUGUUGGGAAAAUUAUUGAAUCGAAAAGGGUGUUUGAUGAAAUGCCUGAAAGAGAUGUUUUUGCAUGGACAACGAUGAUUUCUGGUUUCUUGAAGGCUGGGGAUUUGGGUUCUUCGAGGAGAUUGUUUGAUGAAACGCCUGAAAGGAGUACCGCCACAUGGAAUGCUAUGAUUGAUGGAUAUGCAAGAGUAGGGGAUGUAGCUUCAGCUGAGCUAUUGUUUAAUCAAAUGCCUGUAAAGGAUACAAUCUCUUGGACAACAAUGAUCAACUGUUAUUCUCAGAACAAGCAAUAUGCAGAAGCAUUAGUUCUUUUCGAGGAAAUGAGAAGAUAUAAGGUUAGUCCAGAUGAAGUAACCAUGGCAAGUGUUAUCUCAGCUUGUGCUCACCUUGGAGCACUUGAUACAGGGAAAGAAAUACAUAAUUAUUUAAUGCAAAACUUUUUUGAUCUUGAUGUGUAUAUAGGAUCUGCGUUAAUCGAUAUGUAUGCUAAAUGUGGGGGUUUAGAGAGGUCACUUUUGGUGUUCUUUAAAUUAAGAGAGAAAAAUCUGUUUUGUUGGAAUUCAGUAAUUGAAGGGCUGGCAGUUCAUGGUCAUGCAGUUGAAGCACUGGCAAUGUUUGACAGGAUGGAGAGGCAGCAUGUCAAACCGAAUAGGGUUACUUUUGUUAGCGUUCUUACUGCCUGCACACAUGCAGGAUUAGUUGAAGUAGGCCGUCAGAGGUUUUUAAGCAUGACUCGUGAUUAUUCAAUCCUGCCUGGAGUUGAACACUUUGGAUGUAUGGUUGAUCUUUUGAGCAAAGCUGGGUUGCUUGAAGAUGCUCUAUUCUUGAUAAGGAGCAUGAAGUUGGAACCAAAUUCUGUUAUUUGGGGUGCACUGUUAGGUGGGUGUAAACUUCAUAAGAAUUUGGAAAUUGCUCAGGUUGCUGUGGAUGAACUGAUGGUUUUAGAGCCAUACAACAGUGGCUAUUAUACUCUUUUAGUUAACAUGUAUGCUGAAGUUAAUCGAUGGGGCCAGGUCGCUAAGAUCAGGCAAAUGAUGAGAGAAUUAGGUGUAGGAAAGAGAUGUCCUGGGUCUAGUUGGAUUGAAAUGGAGAACGAAAUUCAUCAAUUUUCUGCAUCUGAUAAGUCUCACCUUGCUUCAGAUGAGAUCUACUCGAUUCUGGCUGAAUUAGAUGUGCAACUGAAGCGAGCUGGCUAUUUACCUGCACUUGUGUCUUUACUAUAGAAGUUUAGUCUUCAUAAGAGGAAACGGCAUCAAAACCAACCGCAGAUUGUGAAAGUUCACGCAGCCGGCAGGGCAUGUGAUUGAUGCUUUGCAAGGAAAGGCUCUGGAUAGAGCUCUAGUGAAGCAAAAGCAAGCAAGCACGAAUUCGAUGUAGUUGGAACUUGGAAGGCUUGUGCAUUGGAUGACUAAGUGCAGCAUCUCUAUCCAAACUGUGGAAUGAAAUUCUUCUAACAGACAGGAAACAGAGGCCAAAUUCCUUUUAAGGGGAACGUAAUCUGGUUAAGAAGGGAGAAAAACUUGCAUCUUGCUGUUGUUAAUUAAUGCUUUUAUAAAAUCCAGUGACGUAAAAUUCUAUCAGGCCUCAAAUAAUGUGUAGUGAUAGAGAAGAAUAAAAGAUCAAAUAUGCCGCUGAAAUGGGGUUUUAUCUCAUGGUUCUAAGACUAGGAAAUAGAAAGAAUGGAUUGUUAUCCACCCUACCUAAUGGGAAUCAAACCUAGCCCUUACUUACAAACUCUUAGAAGUAAAACACGUUUCAACAUGGCAAGAUUUAUUCAAGUUUAAGUUUGGAUAUGUUCCGGUUAUUAGUUUGAUUGUAAUGAUUGAAUUUGAUUAUAAUUAUUCAAAUGUUGUAUUAUUUGUGAGAAAAGCCUGCUCCUCUCUGUUACACCUGAGGUUGGUUCUUUCAAAUCAAAGCCAACUUCUACUUCAUUAGAUAUCAAAUCAGGAUGCUGCCUCUAAACUACUCUCAACUCCUAUCCUCUUCUCUGCCUUUCUUUUUCCUGAAACCAUUCAAGUUUUCUUUUUUCUUAAUGUAAAUUUUGAUAAAUUUAUGUAUUUAUUUAGUGUUCCUGUUUCCUUGUUUUCUAUUAUAUAUUGUUGAGGGGAGUUUGGUUUUGAACCCUCAACGGAAGAUAUUGUCUUCGUGUUAGGGUUUUAUCUUCUAUUUUCGAGGGGAGUCGAAAGAAGUUUAAGAAGCAUCUCGGUUGGUAGAGAUACAACUUACAAGCUCAUGGGAGAGGUAAGUGGUACUAUUGUUGCAAAGAUAAGGCCUAUAUAGACUAGCCAAGUGGUAGUGUCCUUACCUACUAAUACCAUAUAAGAGUAUGGGUUCAAACCCCACCAAUGCCAAAUGCUAAACAUUUCUUUGGUGACAAGUUUCUUCAUAAACUUUGUGAACCUGUUGGGCUCUUCUCCAAGUUGGGAGACAAAAUGUUAGAUUAAAACCAAACAUAGACACCUUGAACACAAUACCUUUAUUGUUUAAGGGUUCAAUUGGUUGCUCAGUGGACAACACUUCAAAGAGUUUAGAGAGCCGACCGCAUAACAUGUAUAUAUAUUGUGGUAAAAAUUACUGAAGGUGUAUAUAUCCAAUAAAUAGUGAUGACAGGUUUCCCUACCAUUACCGACCUUAACAAGAAAAGGUAUGGCUAUACAAAAAUUGGCGGUGUUUAUUUGCCUGCUCCUUAACCUAGGGUUGGUGUCUUUGUCUUAGUUAAGUUGAAAACACACUCACUCGUAAUAAAUAUAUCCAUAUAAAUGCAAGCUUUUGUGGUAAACGAUAAAUAUUUUUU